AAAAUAACAUAAAAUGAAAUUUAUACCGCUGCACACAACCAACACAGCAAUAGUGUAUAAGAAUUCAUUAUGUUCAUUGGCCUCAUUGCUGGUGCUGGUUUUCAUAGCGCUGUCUGUUAUGUUGCCGGUUUUGUUGGUAUCUCUGCUAAGUCCUUACUCAGGCAUAUCCGAAUCACGCGUAUUGUAUGAACAACCAAAUGUGCAGUUCAAGUAUCAAUAUAUAUUUGUGGGCAGCACAGAGCCUGAGUCGGAUGCGGAUGGUAGCUGGUUGGCUUGCAGCAGUUUUGGUAACUUGAACGCGCGACUACAGAACUUUUCCAGCAGCUGUGAGGCGAACAAGUACUGGACAGAGGACUUGGAUCAUGAUACUGUCACAGAUCGUCUACACUUUCAAUUAGUGCUUCAAGAGCUUCCCGCACGCCUAAUGAGGUUCGAGAUAUUGCUCUUCUUUGAAGCGCAAUUACGACACAAAUGUGAGCUAGCCCCUCCCGCCGUUCUGGCCUAUCAACUGCAAUUACCUGAAGGAAAUCGCCUACACAAUGGACGCAUACAGCUGAAAGGAGAACUAAAGCUGAAGCAAUAUGUUGAAUUCACCUGCCCCUUUCCCGGGCGUAAUAUCCAAACCCAUUUUCGACAGGUGCAGUUAGAUGCGAGUAAUAACUAUGUGGACAUGGCUCAAUACAGCAUGGAGCACCUGCUUGCACAGGUGAAGGCAAAUCCCGGUUACUUUCAGCUGGCCGUGCAGGAAACCUACUACAGGCCUACGGACCCACAAAUGGUGCCAGGAAUCACUAUUGAACUGGAAAUGGAUGUACUGCAAGUGCCAGCGCGCUAUCACUUAAGCAUUUGGGAGCGCCUGGGGCAAUUCUGGCUGUAUUUUGCCUCAUUCUUUGGCAUCUCAUUUUACAUCAUGAACAAGCUAAAGGACUUUCUGUUUGGCCGGCAUAUUAUACGCUCUUGGGAGAUCAUACCCUGGAAGAAGCUCUACUGACAUCAGUCGGGGGCCAUACUGG